ACAUGAGCUGCUACCAGCUCAGCAUCACGGGCAGCGGCUCCUCAACCCCAUCAGGCGUAACCUUCCCCGGCGCAUACAAAGCCUCGGACCCAGGAAUCCAAAUCAACAUCUACCAGAACCUCAACAGCUACACCGCUCCGGGCCCAGCUGUCAUCCCCGGCGGCACCGAAGCCGUCGCCGGAAACCCAGGCGCCCUCGUCCCCACAGGUAGCACCGUGGCCCCCACCGCAGCGCCCUCGACCACGCUCCGCACGUCGACGUCCGCUCCCGCGCCCACUACGACGUCUGGGUCUGGAAACGGCGGGUGCACGGCUGUGAAGUUUGCGCAGUGUGGCGGGAGCGGGUUCGCUGGGUGCAGUGUGUGCGCGAGCGGGUCGAGCUGCGUCAAGCAGAGUGAUUGGUACUCGCAGUGCUUGUAG